UGGGUGCUCAGGGCUGGGUGCUCAGGGCUGGGUGCUCCCUGGGUGACUCUGCCGGUCCGCCCAGCUGUGGCGUGCAGGGAGCAGCACCCCGGUUCCCGCUCGGCACGGCACGGCGCCCCACUCCCCGCUGGGACCCUCGGCUGGCAGCUCCCCAGCAUCCGCGGGGGCCGAGCGCGGUGGUGCGGGGCGUUACGGAGCAGCAGCCCCCGCUCCCCGGCCCCCCGGCAUGGAUUCGCCGUUCCGGCACACCAAGUCCAGGGGCUUUGUCUCCAGUGCCGAGCUGAGCAUGAAGCAAGCGGUGCCGAGCACACCAGGGACCGAGGGCAGGUCCCGCUUCCAGAAGGUCUCGCUGGUGUCGCGGCGGCUGGAGAAGACGGGGAGCGUGCGGGGCCGGGAUGGGAGUCCCUCCCGCGUCUCCCUCCUGCUGCAGGCCUGGGAGAGGGAGAUUGUGGAGCAGACAGGGUCCGGCCCCACCACCCUGACCCACCGGGAACGCUCCUCGUCCUCCGUCAGCCUCCUCAAGGACUUCACCGCGCACGGCCCCAUCUUCUCGCAGGUGUAUUCCCCGGCGCAGAAGCCGCGGCGGCAGGAUGAGAGGGGAAAGGUGGGGACCGGCGCCGGCAGCAGUGGCAUCUCCCCAUCGGUGGGUGCGCCCGUGCACAGGGAGAGCUACGUGCAUGGCACCCUGCUCCCCACCCGACCCCCCGAGUGUCCCGCGGGGGCUCCUGGUGACAGUCCCGGUGCCCCGUGUGCGGCCGAGCGCGGCCGCGUCCCUGCCGUGCCCAGGGCCAGGCAUGUCACCGUGCUGCGGACAGGCAGGGACGCCGCCGGGACAGAGCCGGGGCUGGCGGAGGGAAGGGAAACCCAAAACGGGACACACGACGCUGCCGGUGUCACCACGGCCCCGCCACUGCAGGAGAGCUGCGGGCAGGAGGGUGGUGGCUUCGCUGGGGAUGCAGCAGGCAGCGAGAGCUCAUCGGGCACCGCCGAGGCUGCUGAGGGAUCCCCGGGGGACAAACACUCGCCACAAGCCGCAGCCACGCCGGUGAACGCAACCCUGGGAGAUGGCAACAGGCCGGGGGACCCGCAAACCAGUGUAACCAGCUCCGCGCAGUGUCCCUCAGAGGAGGCCGGCGGCCAGGCUGGUCUGGGUGACGCAGGAGAGGGAAGCACGGCAGACAGGGACAACAGCAUUUCAGUGACACCAACAAGGACAGACAGCCCAUCAGGAGCCAGUGUCACCCCUGAAAAUCCAUCCUUGGAGGGGAGCGAUGAUCCUGGUGCCACCCCCAAAAACCCAUCCUUGGAGGGGAGCGAUGGUCCUGGUGUCACCCCCAAAAACUCCUCAGAGGGGAGCGAUGAUCCUGGUGUCACCCCUGAAAACCCCUCAGAGGGGAGCGAUGGUCCUGGUGUCACCCCCGAAAACCCCUCAGAGGGGAGCGAUGAUCCUGGUGUCACCCCUGAAAACCCCUUCUCGGAGGGGAGCGAUGGUCCUGGUGUCACCCCCGAAAACCCCUCAGAGGGGAGCGAUGAUCCUGGUGUCACCCCUGAAAACCCCUCAGAGGGGAGCGAUGAUCCUGGUGUCACCCCUGAAAACCCCUUCUCGGAGGGGAGUGAUGCUCCAGAGCCUUCACCUGAAGCACCAGCACCUGUACCUCCAAAGGCUGAGGUUGAGUUGGAUGGGGGCGAAACGACGGGGAACCCCCAGGGAACAACCCAAGAGCCCGAGACCAGCCCAGACCCUCCUGCCAAGCCCCCAGCCCCUGACCCCCCAGCCGAGAGCCCCCUGGAUGCCACCGAGGAGGACCCCGAGCUGCUGGUGGACAUGGAGAUCUUUGUGGACACGCUCCGCAACAUGGAGCCCUCGGAGAUGCGGAAGGCGCCCAAGACCCCACGGCAGCCCCGGCCGUCGUCGCUGGGCCGCUGUGCCGCUCUGCCCCCCAUCCACGAGGACCGGGUGGCCCCCCGGGCCCCCAUCUCCCUGCCCGAGGCCCUGCGCGAGCUGCUGGCGCGGGGACCGGCGGGGCGGCAGGACGAGAACCCCGAGGAGGAGGAGAUCGAGAACCCCUACCUGAGCCCCGAGGAGCGGGCGCUGGCGAGGACCCUCCGCAGGGCACCUGGGGACAGUGCGGCUGGUGACAGCCGGGCAGAGGGGAACUCGCUCCUGGGGAAACUGAGGCAGGCGGGAGAGGAGGAAAAGGCCAAAGCGGCAGCCGGGGGUUUGGCCGAGCGGAGCGUCCUCUUCCGAGGGAACGUCCUCAAGGGCAUGGCGCUGCUCUCCCACUUUUUGGAGCACCGGGCGACUGCGGCCGACGAGCUCAAGCCGUACUCCCGCCUGGACAACAGUGUGCUCUACAGCCGCUUCAUGGCCCCCAGCGCCGCCCCGCUCGAGCUGCCCGGCAGAGAUGGGGGGGACACAGGAUUGCCCGCCCCUGGGGACCACAAUGGGCUGGGACCUGGUGACCACCCUGUCCCCGAGAUGGCCAUGCUGGAGGCUCCGAGUGCCGGCUGCGUCCCUCUUGUCACCGAAGAGCCAGAGAGUGCCAUGGCCCUGUGCCCCGCAGAUGUCCUGCAGGAGGACAAGGACGGCUUCAAGAUCAACACGAGACCUGGCAAGAUCAUCCUCUUCGCUGAGGCUGGAUUCGCGGGCCAGAAACGGGAGAUUUGGGGCGACGUCCCUGAUGCCACGUCCUGGGAGCUCUCGCGCACCAUCUCCAUCAGGGUCAUCCGAGGCGGGUGGGUGAUGUACGAGAAGCCGCGGUUCCACGGGCGCAAGUGCGUUUUGGCCGAGGGGGACGUGGAGAUCGACAACCCCUGGACGGCGUACGGGCAAAGCGGGGAGCCCCGCGGCAACCGGCCCUUCCGCAUCGGCUCCUUCAAGAGGGUCGUCCGGGAUUACCGCACCCCCGAGAUCAGCCUGUUCACCGAGGAGAAUGGCGAGGGCGCGCGGCUGCAGUUCAGCGACUCGGCCGAGGACACGCGGACGCGGGGCCAGGCGCUCACUGCCGCCUCCAUCAUCGUCCACUCGGGAUUGUGGCUGGUUUACUCCAAGCCUUUCUUCGAUGAUGAUCCCUACGUUCUGGAGCCGGGCGGGUACCCCAAUUUAAAGGCGUGGGGAGCAAAGGACCCGUCCAUCUGCUCCAUGCACCCCAUCAGGCUGGGCUGCCCAGUUGUGGAGAGACCUGGGGAGCCACAGGUGCUGAUCUACGAGGCUGCAGGUUUCCAUGGCCGCAGCUUCACCAUCAGCCGAGACAUCUACGACCUGAAGCGCCUGCCUGGGCCGGCACUGGCCACCGUGGGCUCCCUGCGCGUCCUGGGUGGCUGCUGGGUUGGCUACGAGAAGGAGGGUUUCCGUGGCCACCAGUACCUGCUGGAGGAAGGGGAGUACCCGGACUGGAGGCACUGGGGCGGCUACGGCAACGAGCUGGUGUCCUUACGGCUGAUACGGACGGAUUUCUCCGACCCGGCGCUGGUGCUUUUUGAGGCCAUGGACUUCGAGGAGGGUGCGAGCGUGGAGCUGAGCGAGGCGCUGCCCGACACGCAGCUGGCCGGCUAUGGCACCGUCACCCAGUCCAUCCACGUGCUGAGCGGCGUGUGGGUGGCCUAUGAGGGCACCAACUUCUCUGGCGAGCAAUACGUCCUGGAGAAGGGGGUGUACCGCAACUGUGAAGACUGGGGAGCGGGGGAUUGCCGCAUCGCCUCGGUGCAGCCCAUCCUGCAGGUUGGGGAACACAACCUCCACUUCGUCUCCAAGAUCCUGCUCUUCUCAGAGCCCGACUUCUUGGGGGAUCACGUCUCGUUCGAGGAGGACCAGGACACCCUGCCCGCUGCCUUCAUCCCACGCUCCUGCAGAGUCCGCGGGGGCAGCUGGAUCCUGUUCGACGGCCAGGCCUUUGCUGGGGAGCAGCACGUGCUGUCCGAGGGCGAGUACCCCACGCUCAGCGCCAUGGGCUGCCUCUCCUCCACCGCCAUCCGCUCUCUGAAGAAGGUCCCAGUGUUUUUCUCAGAACCCUCCAUCUUCCUGCACGGGCUGGAGUGUUUUGAGGGGAAGGAGAUCGAGCUGAACAGUGAAGUGCGGAGUCUCCAGGCCGAGGGGUUCAACAACCACGUGCUGUCCGUGCGCGUCAAAGGAGGGAUCUGGGUGCUGUGCGAACACGGUGACUUCCGCGGGCGCCAGUGGCUGCUGGACUGCACCGAAAUCACCAACUGGCUGACGUACAGCGGGAUCCAGCAUGUGGGGUCCCUCUACCCCAUCCGCCAGAGACGGAUUUAUUUCCGCAUCAGGAGCAGGGAGCUGGAGCUCUACCUCUCGGUCCCCGAUGACGUAGAGGACAUGAAAGCGGGACGCGUGGUGGUGUCCGGCCUCGGCGAGCAGAGCAGCUCCGUCUGGUACUACGAGGAUGGGCUGAUCAAAAACCAGGUGGCCCCCAACAUGAGCCUGCAGGUCAUCGGGCCGGCCGGGAAGGGCGCGAAGGCCGUGCUGUGGUCCGAGACCCGGAUGCCACGUCAGACAUGGAGCAUCGAUUCUCAGGGACGGAUCCACAGCCAGAUGUUCGAGGACAUGAUCCUCGAUGUAAAGGGCGGCCGAUCCUAUGACCGGGACCAUGCCAUUGUUUGGGACAUGGCUGAGGAAAGGCCCACGCAGAUCUGGGACAUACAGGUGCUAUGAGGGGGGAACAUGCGGCCCUCACAUCCAGAAGUGCCACAGAGCAGGAUGGGGACACCUUGCUGUCUCCUACCCCACGCACGUCGCACCCCAAACACCCCUCAGCCCUGGGUGCUGGGGUCAAGGAUGCCCACCAUCACCGUCACCAUCACCAUCACCGUCACCACCACCAUCAUGAUCCCCUGCACCACAAGGGGAAUCCCCCACCUCUCCCCUGGGGGGCCCCAUAUGUGGCUCACAAAGGACCCCACGGACAUGAUCCUUCGGAAAGCAGCAGAGCCCCUUCCCCACCAGCGUCCCCCUGAACUGUAUUUAUGUAUGUGUGUAAGAUAUGGCCCCGCUUGGCCGGGCCAGCUCUGG